UCGGCCCGGCUCCUGCGCGCGGGGCCGCGGGGGAGCGCGCGUCACGUGGCGGGCGGGGCGGUGGCGGCGCCCCCGGCGCGCGGCGGGUGACCCCGGGCUCGGGGCGGUGGCGCUGAGGCGAGUCCGGCCCCGCGGUGCCGCCGCACGGCCCGGCCCGCUCCGCUCCGCUCCGCUCCGCCUGCCACAGCCAUCUUACCGAGGCUGCGACGUGCGGGAGCGCCGCACGGGCCCCGCGCCAGGAGGGGCGGCCAACGUGCGCUGGGGGCCGGGAGCGGCGGCCGCCCCCUCCCUGACAGGAUCCCCGCGGGGCCGGCUGCCGGGGAUGCGGCGGCGGUGGCACUGCCGGCGGCGGCACCUCAGCCCCGCGGGGCCGCGCAGGUGGGCCCGGCCCGGAGCGGCGCUGGUGCCGGCUCCCGCACGGUGCCGGCUCCCGCACGGUGCCGGGCUGUGUCUCCCGGGAGCGCUGUCCGGCUCGGCCGGGCUCACACUGCUGGGUUUUCCUGCUGGUGCAUUGCGGUCACUGAUUUAUUUUUUUUAAUUAUUAUUUUUUUGGUGAGGCACACGAACUCGUGGGCGAGGUGCGGGGCCUGCGGGGGGAAGGGCGGGACUGCGGGGCCCGGCCCUGCAAUCCGUGCGUUGCUUUUCCCUGUUGAGCGCAAAGUCAACACCUCUGACCCCGAUCCCCUAAGUCGUGCAGCCGCAGAGCAGGUUCACUUGCUGCUGAAAGAGCAGCUGCACGAAGAGCAGGGACUGCUGAAGGAUUUGUUUGGGGUUUUUUUGUGAGAUACACAGAUUGUAGCUGGCACUUGGUUAAUCAUCUUCGUGUGUAAAAUAACGAUGGUGCGCACAGAUCUGUGUGUCAGCCGCAGGUAAUGGGUGAAGUGGGGUGGAUGAAGUGGGUGGGAUGGAGGCAGGAGGCGCAGAGCUCGUGCCAGCGAGUGCGUUUGUCUGUAUUCCGUUCGCACGGGUUUGUGCUGGUUUCUGAGGUCGCAGCGCAGGAAUCUGCAGUCGGGCUGUCGGUGCCGUCCAGAGGACACUGGGACUGCACAGCUGCAGCAGGGAAUAGAGCUGGAACAAAAACUACAGGAUUGAAAAGUGGAGGAUUUGUUUAAUCACGAAGUAAAUAUCAGAAAGUUAUCUUUCCAGGCAUAUUUCACAAGCAGCACUGUGAAAUCUCGCAACUUUGCUGUCAACGUGUCUGAAAGAUUUAGGCUCGCAUCAGUCACCUCCUAAGAAAAAAAGCAGCUUACGCUGUGCCGAGUACAGCGUGUUCUGGAGUUGGUGUUUAUGGGAAGGUGAUUACGCUUCUUCCUCACGCUACCUCUUUACCAUGGAAAGAUGCCCAGGUUUUGAAUUAAUUGAUGUUUUAAAGCUCUCAACAGAGGUGCAGCUGGCAUUUCAUAAGAUUAUUUUCUUAAUGUGUGAUGUUUUAUUUAUUUCCUUCCUGAAGUUUUCUUUCCUGUGUAAUGAGUUAGGGCGAAGGAUGGUUUUGUGGUGUAACUUAAAACUUGACAGAGUGCUGUCUGAUAAUCACACCAGUAAUAAGAAAAUAAAAACAUCUGAAAGUCCUUGGGGUGUUAUUGGAAAUGCAGAACAACUUUCACCGUUUGGCUGUACUUGGAGAAAUGUAGAACACUGGACUUCAUGAUACAGGAGAUUUUUUAGGAGCAGUCACACAGUAACAUGAAAAUUGCCUUAAUAUUUAUAAUAUUGAAUUGUGGGAUUCUAUUGAAUGAGUUAGAAAAAAGCUUUAAGGGAGGUUAAUACACAGAUACUCAGACAAAUUUAGUGUUUAUAUGUGUAAAAUAUUCAAUAAGUUGGAGCCCUUGCUUGUUAACGUAGAAAUCAAAUUAGAUAAUUGAUGAAAUUAUGGAUUGGUAUGGUAUUGGAUAGGUAAUGUACCUAGUUGUGGUGGGGGUGGUGUUUUUUAAACAGUGUUUAGAUAACUGAUUAAAUAAUUAUUGGAAGAAAGAGGGAAUACCUUUUAUUGUGGGCCAUUUCUUUUUUUAGGCCUUUUUGGCAUUUCCGUCCUGUAACUUCUUCCUCGUGUGUUUUGAUUUGGUUUUUUACCUCUUUAAUUUUUGACCUCUUUCACUGGUAUGUAUAGAAACCAUAAGUCAGUGUCAGCCUUUAGGCAUGCAGACCUUGAAAAGAAAAAGAGGAAACCCAUAGCUGCUGGGAUUCAUCUCUCAGAACAAAAGCAACAUUGUGUGGCUGAGCAAUGUAUGGGACCUUUUAGGAUGACACCUGUGGGUUCAAAGCCAGAACUGGGAAAACCCAUUAAUGUUGUGUAAAUGGCAUUUAAUAAAUGCCAGCCUUAAAGACGCCUGUGAUUUAAAAACAAAACCGAAAAAACCCCAACAAAACUAACAAAACCAACCACCACAAACUUUUCACUUUAGUGUGCAGUUUCCAUUGACAAUCAGAUGUGUCUGUGUAUGCAUAUAUGUACACACAUACUCUAGAAUAUACUAAUAAAUGAAAUAUAUCAACAAAUGGAACAAAUAUGCUUUGACUUGUCAUCAUAGUAAAAAGCCAAAAUGUAGCUGUGAGCAGUUUCCUUUUCCUUUAUAAAGGUUCCUUCGUAUUUGAAUCUCUCAAAAACUAAAAUAUAUUUCUGUUAUGAAAUGAAGUUGUAGUCCAUAGAUGUAAUUGGCACCUAAACUUCCAAGUGUGGAGACAUGCCCGCCGUCAGGAGUCGUGUGGGCUGGGACUGCCCCUAUGUGCUGUAGAAAUGUGCUGAAACAGACACUACAGAAGGAGGCCAGAGAUACAAGGUGCGCCGCUGCCGGAGGCCGGGAUGGAGGCGCGCGGGGCGCCCAGCCCGCACAGCGAGGCCGUGGCGCACGAGCUGCGGGAGCUGUCGCUGCAGCCCGGCCCGCAGCUGCCGCCGCUCACCGAGCGCAGGAACGUGCUUCAGCUGAGGCUGCAACAGCGACGGACACGGGAGCAGCUGGUGGACCAGGGCAUCAUGCCACCUUUGAAAAGUCCAGCUGCAUUCCACGAGCAGAUAAAGAGCCUGGAGCGAGCCAGGACUGAAAAUUUUUUGAAGCACAAGAUUCGAAGCAGGCCGGACCGUUCUGAGCUGGUCAGAAUGCACAUCCUCGAAGAGACCUUCGCAGAGCCGUCCCUACAAGCCACUCAGCUGAAGCUGAAGAGGGCUCGGCUGGCCGAUGACCUGAACGAGAAGAUCGCACAGAGGCCCGGCCCCAUGGAGCUGGUGGAAAAAAACAUUCUUCCCGUAGACUCCAGUGUUAAAGAAGCCAUUAUAGCAGUUGGACAAGAGAAUUAUCCUCAGGCUUUGGAUGACUAUUCCUUUGACGAGGACAGCAGCGACGCGCUGUCCCCGGAGCAGCCGGCCAGCCAGGAGUCACAGGGCUCAGCCGCCUCCCCCGGGGAGCCCAAAGCGAGCGACUCGCCGUCCCCGCUGACACCAAACGCCACCGCGGCAGCACAGUAUCCACCUUUAACCUCUCCAGUUCCUGAAUUUCUCAAAACCCCCUCUACAAUUGAACAGCACGUUACACGUUCUACUGCUGCAACCACGCCGACCACCAGCACCGCGCCUGCGGCAAAGCCUGCGCCAGCGUUAGUAAAGCAAAGCCACCCAAAGAAUCCCAACGAUAAGCAUCGAAGCAAGAAAUGUAAAGAACCUAAGCCAAGGGUGAAAAAAUUGAAGUAUCAUCAAUAUAUUCCACCUGAUCAGAAAGGUGAGAAAAAUGAGCCACAGAUGGACUCCAACUAUGCUCGUCUGCUACAACAGCAGCAACUGUUUUUGCAGCUGCAGAUCCUGAGCCAACAGCAACAACACUACAACUACCAGACAAUUCUACCUGCACCGCUGAAGCCACUGAAUGACAAACAGGGCAACAACGGGAACACGCCGCUGAACGCUCUGAACAGCAGUUCGCCGGCAUCAGCGGCCAGCUCGCCGCGGCAGAACAGCACCGUUCCCAGCCGCAAGCCGGGGCCUCUGCCUUCCAGCUUGGAUGACCUGAAGGUAGCAGAGCUUAAAAUGGAGUUGAAAUUGCGGGGAUUACCAGUGUCUGGAACAAAAACAGAUCUUAUUGAGCGUCUGAAGCCCUAUCAAGAUCUUAAUAACAAUGGCGUUACUACUAGUAGCUCUGUGACGGUAACCACCUCCUCUGGGGCCACGGGUAACACUGGGGAAGUGACUGUGGCAUUUCCUGUUGCAACACUAAAUAAACCAGCGGCUAAUACAAUAUCCAGCUUUCCUCCAGAAAAAACGCCUACCGCACCUGGCGGCAAAGGGGUGAACACUGAAAACAUCAGCUCACCUUUGCCUAUAUCUCCCUCUCCUUCAGAACAAUCGAGUCUAAGCACGGAUGAUACUAGUAUGGCAGAUACCUUCACAGAAAUGAUGACCAUGGUGUCACCGUCCCAGUUCUUAAGUACUUCGCCACUAAGAGCAAAUACAAGUGAUGAUAAUCAGAAUCGCACCAGUGGAAGCAUCUCAGCCAUGGAGUUUGAUGUAGCAGAAAAGGACCGCAAGCUUCAAGAAAAAGAAAAGCAGAUUGAAGAGCUCAAAAGGAAACUGGAACAAGAGCAAAAGCUUGUGGAAGUACUGAAAAUGCAACUUGAGGUUGAGAAACGGGGACAACAGCAACAGUCUCAGACUUGUGGUAACUCAGCUGCUGUGGAACAGAAACAAUUCAGUGCUGCUGUCAAAGAUGAAAAUGCUCUAACUGACUGCUCUAGUACAGGUCAAUCUGUACCUGUAGUUAGUCAUUCUUUAGGACAAUCUGUAUAUACCAGUGGCCAGAAUCCAGUUGCCAAAAAGGCGGUUGUUAUCAAGCAGGAGAUACCUGUGGCCAAAGCCGAACCUCAGAAUGCCAUUUCUCAGUUUUACGUUAGCCCACAGAGGCAGCCACAAACUGCACUUGUUGCCCAACCUCAAGCGUUAUUAACGACCCAAGGAACUGCACAGCUGCUCCUCCCGCUAUCGAUCCAGGGACCCAAUUCUACCACUGCAGUGCAGCUGCCAGUUGGAAACAUAAAGUUGCAGGCUCAAUCACAAGCUGGAAUACAGACCCCAUCACAAAUACCUGCUCCUAUUUCUUCCUCUGGCCUGGUCCAGACAGCACCUCAGAUGCAUACUCCACAAUCACAACAAAAUACCAUCACGCAGCACGCACUCGGUCAGACCCAACAAAUGAGAAAGGUUUUUCCAGCUACCACAUCAAAUACAGUAUUUUCCUAUCAGACUGCACCAGUGACAACACCUUCACAAUCUUUUCUUAAUAAAGCAUCAAACUCUAACAUUCACCCUGCUGGUAAUCAGGUUCCCUCUGUGCAGAACGGACCUGCUACUCCUAAUAAGCCUGGCUCUCCAUCUCAAGCCCAGCCUUAUGUUGUUCAACAACCCCUCUUCAACAACACAGUAUCCAAGGCAAAAGAUCCUCCUCGUUAUGAAGAGGCCAUAAAACAGACCCGGAAUAUUCAGACACCGCAAUGUGAGGUUUCCAGUGCCCACAGUCAGCAGAUGGAUGAUCUUUUUGAUAUUCUCAUCAAGAGCGGAGAAAUCUCCCUUCCAAUAAAGGAGGAACCAUCUCCCAUUUCCAAAAUGAGACCAGUAACAGCCAACAUCACUACAAUGCCAGUGAAUACAGUGAUAUCCCGCCCACCACCACAAAUCCAAAUGGCCCCUCCUCCUGUGUCCUUAGAACCAACAACCAACCUGUCUAUAAGUCUGGAAAACCAACUCGAAGCCCUCUUGGACGGAACUUUACCGUCAGGUAAUGAAAUUCCUCAACUGACGAGCAGUAACGAGGACAGAGAGCCAUUUUCUUUAAUUGAAGACCUCCAGAAUGAUCUGCUCAAUCACUCCAGCAUUUUAGAUCAUUCACAUUCACCCAUGGAAACGUCUGACCCACAGUUUACCACUAGUAAUUCUUGUCUGUCUCUUGACCUUCCUGAUACAAAUUUGGACAAUAUGGAAUGGCUAGACAUUACAAUGCCCAGCUCCUCAUCUGGACUCACUCCUCUCAGUUCUACUGCCCCCAGCGUGUUUUCCACUGACUUUCUGGAUCCACAAGAUCUACAGUUGCACUGGGAUUAAGCUACAGCCAAUGAGAACACAACCUGCAAGUCUCUUUACAGCAGACGUCCAUUAUUGCACCAUUCUGAUUGCGGUUAAGAUGAAUUAAGACAGUAAUGUUUGAAAGAACAAAUGCUUGAAGCUAAUUCCUUAUUGAUUUUCAAGUUUACAACAGUGAAUUACGUUAUGCUUCUAGAAGUAAUGCAGAUCAGGGCCCUCUGAAAGCUGGAUUUCACAAGAAAGGAUGAUUGUACUUCCUGAUUAAAAUUACCCUAGGGUAAAUACAUCACAAGUAUUUAAGGAAGAAGUUAUGUCUGACUUUAUAAUGCUUAAAUGAGCAACACAACAUGGCUAAACUUAGAGAAGAAAAAGUGAGGUUUCAACUGUCUGUAUUGACCCAGUGAGCAAGUGUCGGGGGGGUGAGGUAUCACUGCACUUCAUUGUUCCUGUGGACAGCCUGAGCCAGGUUCAACAUGGAUUGUGAGGGCAAGGGCAAGUACAAGCACUGGCUGGUUCAGUGAAAUUUCAUAUGUCUAGUUUCUUAAUUUGUUCAAGUUGUUUUAUAUUUUGGUUUUGUGGUUUUUAGAACUCUUCCUCCAUUCUUUAAUUAUGAGGGAAGAAUUUAACUGCAUCCAAAGGGAUAUUAAGUGUAACUGCAAGAAAUCCACUGUAGCUAUGCCAGGUAAUAUUGAGAACACUGAAUUUUCUAAAGCAAUGCUCUGGAUUUAAUAGCUAGAUUUUAAUGUGUAUAUCAGACAGUUAUUUGUAUACUCUUAACUUUGUAUAGCUUAUUUUUGUGAACAGAGGGGAACAGCGGUCUUCAAACAAGGUAUUACUAUAAUGGAAAUAAUAAAUAUCCUAAUUUACUUUGUGUUUGAUGAAUUUGUUAGAUCAUCGAAUCCAGUACGUCAGCAUAUUAGAACAGUUUGAGGAAGCAGGAAAGUUUAAUUAACGCUGUUGUGCACUAUGAUCCUGCAAAGAGGAUUAAUGCCCUCAAUAAAGGAUGUUUGUAGGAUCAAACUGAGGUGCAGGGGACAGUACUGACAGGACAACCAUCAUUUCUUAAUGAAUACUUCAGCUAUAGAACAGCUUUGUCUACAUAACAACAGAGAAGCUGCUCAGUGAGAAUCCCAAAUCACCCUGUCAGGAUGUGGUGUUUGUUUUAUGAGAAGGCGUAUUUCAUACCUGAAACACAGAAUAGCAGAGAUGAAGCUCUUACCUCACAGCACAGCACAUGAAAGUAUUAUUGUUUUUAAAGCCCUUAGUUGUUCUUUUCAGAGUCUAUCAUGAAAGCAGGUGGGAAAACAAACAAAAAAAAGCAAAUAGAAGUAAAACACUUUGAAAUUCUGUGGUUGUCUCUCAGGUAAUAGCUGUUAAAUGUUGCCAUAGGUGACGUAGGCUGAUAAUUAAACAUAAAAUCAUAAUUAUUUCCUAUUAGGGCAUUCCUAAAUUAAGAUAAAAGGAAACAGUCCCCUACUUCCUGAAUCAUUUAAGCAUUAUAUGUUUUCUAGUCUGAAAACUGAUCUCAAUGCAGAGAGUAGCUGUUACCUAUUUAGCAACCUGUAUCACAUAUGAAAAAAUCAAAACAACACAAUCAUCUUAACAUCAAACUAAAUACUUCUGUCAGAAGUUGUGGAAUUAACUGCAAAUUUGCCUCCAGAUACACAAUGCGGUCUGGAGAAAUCCCUUGGCUUAGAUAAAAGUGGAUUAUAUCAUUGAUUCAGGGUUUCAACUGGCAUCAUACAUUUGCAUCAUAUCGGUUACCAGCACUUUAAAUUCUUCUAGAUCUUCAGUAGUUUUGCAGGCCAGGAUUUAAUGUAAUCUGAAACUAAGUACAGAAAAAACAAUCUAUGGAGAGUUUCACCACAAAAGGUGAAGCUGAAAGACAUGUUUAUUUAUUCCUUCUUGCUGUGCCUACAAUACUUGAGUACGAUAUUACACACGGACUGUCUGGCUGCCUUAAAUGUUGAUGGUAUGGGACUCUUCGAUAACACUGAACAAUUACAUUCGACUUUCUGCAUUCCUUGUCCUCAUUAUCUUGGGAGCCAAUACUCUGAAUACUAAGUGCCCUCAGCUGUUACAAGAAGGAGAAUUAAGGACUCUUGGUCUGAUAGGAACAAUUUUGAAUGAAGUUUAGUGUUCUGCAUUACUGUCAAUUUAUUAUGUGUGAUACACCAGACAUGCUACCACAUGUGUGGUUAGAGUUACCCCUUUUUGACCCUGCCUUCUGAUUAAAUAAGAGGCAAGUAAAUUAAUUUUAAAGGUCAAAUUAACCUAGAGCAACUGUACUGUCGUUUUUGAUGUGCAUGUAAAUAGAGCUUUAAACCGGCAAAGUCAUCUUGCUACAGAACUAUACUUAUUGGCAGUGUAGAAUGUUAACUAAUCCAUAGGAAUCUAUGUGCAGAAGUAACCCCAAACGGCUGAGAUGUGUUGCUAUCAGUACAGUAUAGCUUUCGACUCUAAAAGUCUAUUUGCAAAAACAAAAAAAAUCAUUUAAAAGGGAUCAUUUUAAUUUUUGAAGUACAAAUAUUCUAGUGUAGCAAGUGUGUGAUUACUUUUUUGUACAUUUCAGAAUUGUGUAUUAAACCCUAUAUAUAAUGGUUUGCUUUAGACUUCGUUCUGAAAUGUGAUCUAUUUGCCAUAGCUAUAUAUGCCUGUAAUGGCAGAAAUAGGUUUUGCUUAGACUUGUGUGUGCAUGUUUUACAUGACAAUUUUUGUAACACAAAUACAAUACAUCUUAGAAAUGUAAUCACGACUGUGCAGUUUGACUGUACAGAAUGGAAUAUUUCUCAUUAAGAGAACAGUUGCAAAGGAAUGCACUGACACUAAAUUUGCCAUUUAAUAGCUGCAGUAUCCUAACAGAACACAUCCUCUCAAAUGUGGUGUUAGUAGAUCCUUCAAAAUAAUUAAGAAUACUGUUUUAGCAGUGUGAAAAUCAAAAGGUGUUUACACUUCCAGACAUGGAGAGAGCUCAGACAUCUCUUUUACAAAGGCUAAUGUUAAUCAAGAGGAGUCACAUCCUGCAUUUAAUACAGAAAUGGUAUUUGUUAUGCACUUCUAGUGCAUAGAUAAGUAAGCAUUAGAUAAGUAAGUUUAGAGGCAAAAUUUUGUUUAACGUUACCAAUAGUUAAGAAAACAUUGUCAUGAAUUUAGCAGUUCUCUCCGAGAAGAAAAUGAAUUUAUGGCAAUUCUAUACAGAAAUUUAGAGCCUAAUCCAGCAAUGUGAGCUUGCAGAAUCAGACCUUUUAAAAGCUGAGGCCACAGCUUUUGGAAAUAAUCACUACUUACUACUAAAACUUCUUUCCAAGGUAUUUCUAAAUGCACCGACAGUAGUUAUGUCCAAGGAAGCAGGUGAUGAAAACACAAGUUUCAAUAUUAAACAGUUAUGUAAUGGAACCUCCAGCAAUCAGAUGCCUGCAGAGCGUAAGCACUGUCACUGAAACCAAGCACAAGCUGCUCAACUGUUGUCAAGGCAGAGAAAAUGCAAUCAUGGAACACAUUUAACUGGAAGGACAUUAUGGAAUCAAAACACAGUAAAGCUCACCGAUGGAGACAAUUAGGAAUUGGAUGGUAUCUUCAGUGUAUUGUAAACUUUAAGCAAAUUCUAUUAAAACUGGAAAAAGAUUUCUUCCACUUAUCUCUAAUAAAUGUUCUGUUGAAACUCUUUAUAUUAUGGUCUAUUAAAUUGCCUUUUGGUGACUUCUAGACCAUACUACAGAUGCUGGUUUAUGUGAGAUAUGUGGAAUGGACUUGCAUAUAGUAUAUACAUGGCCAAUAAAGAGCGUGCAUUAAAACCUGAAGUAAUCUCAAAUACUCCUUUUAUACCAGUUUGCUAGGAAUAAAGUGCAAAAAAGAGACACCUACAUCAUUCUGUAGUGUCCAGUACUGAACAUAAAGACUUUUUAAGUUAAAAGUGCAUAAAUGUGUUGUAGAAAUCUAGCCAAAAAAAGCCAUUCUAGCGAGGAGAGCAAGUUCUCAAUAAAAAGCAGGGAAUGGUUGAUAGCUAUAUAAUCACACUAUUUUUAUAAAGAAAAUACAGCUCAGAUAUUCAAAAGACAGCCUAAAAUAAAUUCUAAUAAUAUAAAAAUUUAAAUAGGAACCAAAGCAUUGCCAUUUAUAUUGCCAAAGGAGGCACUUUGUAUCUUGAAGCAUAGGAAAUUAAUUCCCCAGAAGUAUUAUCCAUACUUUUUUAAAAUUAAGGAUGUAGAUACUUUCAAAGCUGUUUUUGAUGUUUAACAGUACAGAUUUGGUUUUGUUGUUUGAGAAUUUGUAUUCAGUAAUAGCACAGCCUUUUUUCCAGAUAGAUAGGAUUUUUCUUCACAGUACUGCUUGCAGUAGAAAUAACGCUAACCCUAGGAGGUGUUUCUCUUCUCGUUUUCAUAGUCAUAAUUAAGUCUUAGCAUCUCAUUUUGUGAAGAGAAGAAGACAGACACCUGUCUCUAGGGCCUCCUUCAUUUAAGCACUACUUUACUAAAUGCAAAUGAUGGCAAUCAGGGCGUCAGUUUUUGUAUUGCCUUUCUAUGAGAAACCAUGAUGCCUUUGUAUUUGCUGUUUGCACCCCUAAAAUCAAUUCCAUAUGUUUGAAUGCCAUAUGUUUUGCACAUUGUACUGUAUAUAUGUAAUGCAUACUGUAUUUUUAUAUGUGUACUACAUUUAUCAAAUAUUUUGUACAUAGUGGCAAUAUUGUAGCUACUGAGGAAAUGUUUGAUAUUUCAGCAUUUUUGCUAAGUGUCUCAAAUAAAAAAGGAAAACUGUG